AUGGCCAGCGCCGUCCUUGCAACCUCCAGCGUGCAGAUUACAUUCGAAGAAAUGUCUCAUUACAGCGUCAAAUCAACAUCUACGCUCAACGGCGAAGAAGAGUCGCUCUUCGAUCCAAUCGAGGACGCACUCGCAGCAUUCAAAAAUGGAGAAUUCCUCGUUGUCAUGGACGAUCAUAACAGGGAAAAUGAGGGUGAUCUCAUCUGCGCAGCGAGUAUGAUGACCACGGAAAAGAUGGCGUGGUUCAUCAAGCAGACUAGUGGCUAUAUCUGCAUAUCCAUGCCCGGUGAACGGCUAGACGAGCUCGAGCUGCCACUCAUGGUGCCCAAUAAUGAAGAGAAACACAAGACGGCAUAUACCAUUACCGUAGACUACAAAUAUGGCACCUCGACCGGCAUUUCCGCCCAUGACCGGGCAUUGACCGCCCGCAAGCUGGCGAGCCCUUCAAGUCAGCCGAGCGACUUUAACAGACCCGGUCAUCUUUGUCCGUUGCGUGCGCGUGAAGGAGGCGUCCUCGUACGGCGAGGCCACACCGAGGCCGGGCUUGACCUUUGUCGGCUCACUGGUCUCCCCCAAGCGGCGUUGCUUUGCGAAAUCGUCAACGACGAUGACCAGGGAACAAUGGCACGGCGAGAUGAUUGCAGACUAUUUGCUGAUACUUGGGGUCUCAAAAUGAUCAGCAUCGCGCAACUGGUCGCCUAUCGACAGUUGCUUGAAAACACCAAUGGCGUAUCAAGGCAUGCGCAUUCGAGUCUCUAA